AUGGAUACAUACCACGGUCACGUACGCACUCCUGCAGAUGCGAUUAAGUUAUUCGAAGCUUGUCGACUUGGUCUAUUACCUCGAGUACAAAGAAGGUUAUCGGAGAAGGAGAGACAAUCAAUAAAAUCUGGAUCAGUAUUUGUUUGGGAUGAAAGAGAAGCGGGAAUGCGAAGAUGGACUGAUGGAAAAUCAUGGAGCGCAAGCAGAGUUUCUGGCAGUUUUUUAACGUAUCGCGAGAUGGAGGGAAAGAGGGGAGGAGGUCAAUUCGCACCACCACCAGUUCGAAGAAUGGCAGGGAAGACACCGGAUAGUUCAAAGGGUAGCGACGAUGAUCAAGAUAUGGAUGGAGAUGGGCCGGAUGGGUACAGAUAUAAACCUGAUGGUUUAAUGAAACAAUCCUUCAGUAUCACAACUUCAACCGGACAACAUCUUCAUUUGAUCAGCUACUACUCUCGACCUCAUGCAAACACUCCCGAGCUUCUACAACCGACAAGUGAUCCUGCACUUCGAGGAAUUGUUCCUGUCAAAGGAAUGUAUCCAGAAUCCACAGUUCACGAAGCUCAAGGUCCAGCAGUCACGAGAGCUCCUAUGCAACAAGGCCCUUACAUGCAACAACCACAUCCACAUAUGCACCCAUCUCAACAUCGAAUUCCAUAUGGCUAUUCCCAGGGAUAUGGACCUUGGCCACCAUCCCCAGUUUCUACUCCUCCAUAUCCACACCACCAACAAAUGUAUCCAUCACAACUUCCUCCGCCCCCACCCGGAUCAAUGCACCCUUCGCCCUACCAAAUCUUACCAGGACCUCCACAUACAUCACCAUAUCAAGCUCAUCAAUACAGUCCCCAUCACCGCCAAAUUCACGUCCCAAAUCACAUGCCUCAAGGCCCACCUCAUCCGACAAUUUAUGACCGACCCCCACCACCUCUCUCAAAUUCCUCGUUACCUCCUCCGCCCCCACACGGUUAUCAAAACAGUGCCCCACAAUAUAUGCAUCCAUCCUAUCAGCCACACCCAAGUCCUCGUGCCGAACAUGUAGCUAGGGUACAGGUGGAACAACAUGCACAGAUGGCUCAAAGAGUCUUACAAACUGGAAUGAUUGAUCCAAGGUUGGCCCAAGCAGCACCGCUUCCACCGGUUAACAUCCAUACAAACGGAACCAAUGGUAUUCAAAGAAUGAAUACUCCACCGCGACAGCCGAGCAUUUCCCCAGUUCACACACCAAAGAGUUCUCGUGACCAAGCCCUCAGUUCUCCAGAUGGAACACCAAAUGGCAUUGGUAAAUCUGAAGCUCAAACCAUACCCUCCAUCUCAAGUCUCGUUCACGCCUCAGAUUCCGUAUCUGUUAUGGCGGAUAAUAGGUCAAACAGUAGCAACAACUCGAGAGCUGGAUCUAAUAGCCCAAGACUAAAGGAACUAGCAGAAGCAAAGGCAGAUGAGGAAAAGAAUGCAUUAAGUGUUACAACGGGCACAGCAGAUAUUCCGCAUAAAAAAUUGUCCACAGCAAUUGCAAGUGGAGCAGAAGAUCAAAGAGCUAUUAGGGUAUUGGAUCGAAAAUUCAUGAUAUGA